AUGGAUAAGGCGUCGCCCUCCGGAGGCGAAGAUUGCAGGUUGAGUCAUUUAUCUUCUAGUCAUGAAUAUAAUACUAAGCUUACUGUAUUAGAUAAAUUAAUGAAAAGCGAAAGUUGUCAACUAUAUAAUCGAGAUUACGAUCUUGGUUACUUAAAUUAUGGACCAAAUGGAGGAAUAGCACUUUCUAGACAUUUGGGAGAGUCUAAUGACUGCUUUGGACGAGAGAAUGCUAGUAAUUCUGUAAUGCCAAGAUCGACUUCUGUACCUAUUGACUCAAUGAAUAAGCCACGAUUUUGGUCUACAGGGAUGGGAUUAAGAAGGAAUGACUUGGAAGAACGUUACGGUCAUUGUCACGAAGUUCGUAGGAAAGGGUCAAAAUACAACGAUAUUUUACAUCCCGCAGAUGUUUACACUAGGCAAUCAUCAACAGAAGAUAUUGAUGUGCUCGUUAUCAUUCUUAUCACAUCAACAAUCGUUCUCACCAAUCUGUUCAUUGAUCAACGAAAUAAAGCUGCGCAUUAUGAAUAUGAAGUCAGGAAGUGUGCAAAGUUUUACAGUGAAUGGAUGAACUGCAUAGAAUGUGAUAUUUCAGGAUACAAUCCUCCGAGUCGAUCUAGUACAGUAAUUGGUGUGAUAAAUGAGUCUCAAGCAGACAGCGGUAAUCUCAGUCCAUGUUCACGUCAAAAUCAGAAUUCUCCCGAUACAGAAAACGUAAAAUACUACCAGUGUUCAUCAGAUUAA